AUGAGAAGGCCAGGUUUGAAUGGGAAAGUCCCACUGAGAGGAGCCAGGUGUAGAUUUCAGGAAUGCAUAGGGUCAGUUCCUGGUGGUCAACGUAGGAAAGGAGGAUGUGUGGGAAGCCUAGGAGGACAUGGUGUGGAUAAAGGAGAAGUAGUAAACCUGAAAAGCUUCCCCAGAGAACAGCAGCACCAUAAUCACCUUGAAACUUUUAAGAAACUGCAAAUGUUCUGUCCCCAGUUCAUACCUGCUAAAUCAGUAACUCUGGGAGAGAAAGAGCAAAAAUGUUUGCUCCGAAAAGCUCCUACCAACUCAGAAGUACAGGAUGAAAGUGGUCUCCGCUGUACCCUGCUAACAUCCAUUCUAAUUCUGUUUUUCAAAUUCACAGAGAGUGAAGAAGUUUAUCAAAGGCAGGUGCUGUCAAUUUCAUGUAUCAUCUUUGGAAUUGUCAUCGUGGGCAUGUUCUGUGCAGCAUUCUACUUCAAAAGCAAGAAACAAGCUAAACAAAUUCAAGAGCAGCUGAAAGAACCACAAAAUGGUAAAAACUACAGUCUCAAAGCAUCCAGCACAAUGGCAAAGUCAGAGAACUUGGUGAAGAAUCAUGUCCAGCUGCAGAGUUAUUCAAAGGCGGAAAGGCAUCCUGUGACUGCAUUGGAGAAAAUGAUGGAGUCAAGUUUUGCCGGCCCCCAGUCAUUCCCAGAGGUCCCUUCUCCUGACAGAGGAAGCCAAUCUGUCAAACACCACAGCAGGAGUCUCUCCUCUUGCUGCAGCCCAGGGCAAAGGAGUGGCAUGCUCCAUAGGAAUGCCUUCAGGAGGACACCCCCCUCGCCCCGAAGUAGGCUGGGUGGCAUCGUGGGACCAGCAUAUCAGCAACUUGAGGAAUCAAGGAUCCCAGACCAGGAUAUGAUACCAUGUCAAGGGAUAGAGGUCAGGAAGACUAUACCCCACCUGCCUAUACAGCUGUGGUGUGUUGAAAGAUCCCUGGACUUCAAGUAUUCAUCCAAUGGUUUAAAAACCCAACAAAAUGCAUCCAUAAAUAUGCAACUGCCUUCCAGAGAGACAAAUUCCUAUUUUAAUAGCUUGGAUCAAAAGGACCUGAUGGGAUAUUCAUCUACAAGGGCCAGUUCUGUGCCCAUCAUCCCUUCAGUGGGUCUAGAGGAAACCUGCAUGCAAAUGCCAGGGAUUUCUGAAGUCAAAAGCAUCAAAUGGUGCAAAAACUCCUACUCUGCUGAUAUUGUCAAUGUGAGUAUUCCAGUCAGCGAUUGUCUUAUAGCAGAACAGCAAGAAGUGAAAAUAUUGCUAGAAACUGUCCAGGAGCAAAUCCGAAUUCUGACUGAUGCCAGGCGGUCAGAAGACUACGAACUGGCCAGCGUAGAAACUGAGGACAGUGCAAGUGAAAACACAGCCUUUCUCCCCCUGAGUCCCACAGCCAAAUCAGAAAGAGAGGCACAGUUUGUCUUAAGAAAUGAAAUACAAAGAGACUCCGCAUUGACCAAGUGACUUGAGAUGGAGGAAUCUGUGCAUUCUAUGCUUUGCUCAACAGGAAAGAGAGGAAAUUAAAUACAAAUUAUUUAUAUGCAUUAAUUUAAGAGCAUCUACUUAGAAGAAACCAAAUAGUCUAUCGCCCUCAUAUCAUACUGUUUUUUAACAAAAUAUUUUUUUAAAGGGAAAGAAAUGUUUCAGGAGGGAUAAAGCUUACAAUGAAAGCUUUUGGGUAGAAUUCUGAAUACAAUUUCAGUUAGUCCCAACACCGGCCUCUUUGGCUCUUAGUAGAUGUGGGUAAUUCAGAACUUAGCCCCAAAGCACCAGUGUCCUCAUAAAAAAGCACUGGCAGUUACCUGGUUUCAAAGAGAUGAGCUGUAUCCUGAGGGCGGACAUGCCAGUGAGCAGGUGGCCCUUGCCAUUUGGCUUGCCAGUCCCAACCCCUAAAUUUCUAUUCACUCGACAGCCUCAUCACAGGUUAUGUCAUGUCAACAAAUGUUUUCUAUUUCAUUUUUGAAGAAUGGCACAAAAACUCGUGAAAGGGGAGGGCAGGAGAUAGAAGGAAUAAUUUGGGGGCAAUCUUCGCUACUCUUAUGUGCCAGCUUCCUCUGAAAUUUGAAGGCACAGAAUCUCAGAGGGAGGUGUGAAAUUAUUAUAGAAAAAGACAAGAAAAAUCACAACGUCGUGUCAGUAAAAUCAUGCUAAUAGAAGUGUUUUUCUUUGAGAUUGUUUAGGGGCUCCAAAGGAGCAUUCUCAGUGUGUGUGUGCCCUGUGGGUGUGUGGGUGUGGGUGUGUGUGCGUGUGCGCACAGGCGCGUGUCUGUAUGUGCUUGCUCACUUGAGCACAGGUAUGCUGUAUGCACAUGUGUUCAUUGUGUGUAUGUGUGUGCAUGUGUGUGCAUAUUAAGCUUGCUAAAACUUGUUCUGAAACAUCAGGGAAUUUAAUAUUCAGAAGAAAAUUUUCCCUCUCAGAUCUGUUCACGUUAAAUUUAUACAUUCAGUGUAAAAUUCAGUUAGUGAGUUCUUAAAUCAAGGUCACUUGCAUGGCGGGGUCCUUUAAAACUCUUGACAAUGUCAAGAUCAUUUUCUGGUGUGAAUACUUUUGAGAGGAACAACUAUUGGCUCAUUAAUGAUAUCAGUAUCACAAGGCAAGUUGAGGAUGUGUGUUUACUUUGAAUCAUGCGUUCUUAAAUUAUUUACACAAGCCAAUUAUCAAACGGACAGUUACCCUUUGCUUUCUAAUCAUCCUCAUUAUUAUUUAUUUUGUAGCAAGUCUACUAUUUGUGGACCAAGACAUUGGCUUCUGUGGUUAAUAUGGAAAGAAUAAAUUGUUAAAAUCACAAAGCCCAGACUUUUCAGUUCACAGGAAGCCCCCAAAAGAACAGUAAAUUGUGUUGUAUGUUCAUUUGGAAUAAAGCAAUAUUUUUACCACUGCUGAGGUGAACUGAAACUUCUCCUGAAGAUUCGUCUGUUUUAUUUACCCUUAUUUUCAUGGGGCAUUCAAGGAAAUUAGUGUUCACCUAACCAGUCUUUUCCAAUUAUUGGUGGUGUUUUGUUAUGUUUACACUGUUUUAAAUAAAA